GUUUAUGGCCAGGGCUCUGGCCUGGACUGCAGGCGUCAUGUCCAGAAAUUAAACUUGCUGCAGGGUGAAGCAGAGGAAGCAAUUGGUUGGACAUCUCGGUACGUAGAAGAAUCCAGAAAUGACAGCAAAAAUACAGCAGCCCAACGUGAAGACAGUUCAGUCCAGCAGGAGGGAAGGGCAGAAGUCAGUCGCUGGAAUAAAUAUCUGGACAAGGAGAGUGAAGAUGAGGAAGAUGGGGAAGAGACAGCAGGUGCAGAAAGGCAACAGUUCUGUUCCUGGGGAAGGAACACUGUGGAGGAACAAAGGAAACAGCAGAAGAGCUUCCUCUCCAGCGAUGUUCAGGAGUAUGCAGAGGAAAAUGGAGUUUUCCAGCUUGCCUACCGAGCCAGAAAGCGCAAGAAAUGUUCAGUAGCAGUGGCUGAUGAAGAUGAUGAAGAUGCUGUUUCUGGAGACAGUAUGGUUCCUGCUGCCUGUGAGUCCAUAGUGUCUGAGGAGAAUGCACAGACCCCAACUGCUUGUACCAAACCCUCAAAGUGGAAAAAAUUUCUCCCAUGUUCUUACAACUACAGCAAAAAUGCUGCCAGGGUCACCUUGUCACCACAGGAGGGCAGUGGAAGGUUGGGGCUGCACAGCACCACUGCAGCAGAUGCUGGUGUGGCCAGUAGAUGCUCAGAACAGGCUGGAAGAACUCUACCUCAAGGUACAGGUUUUGAAUUGAAAAAGUAUGUUGCUAGCACUGAGCACCUUGCUUCAAAACUGCCUGGCACUGUUGUGCCCAGCACCAGUUGCUCAGCUGAGGAGGGUGUGUUGUUCAAAGAACCUCAAAGCCAACUGAUAAGGGCAGGAUCUGAUCUCUUAGAGGCCACUGCAGGAUGGUGCUGUUUGGAUAGCCCAAGGAGAGCAAACAGCCUUGUUAAUAGUAACACUGGGCCAAAGCCCAUUAGUGUUUCUUGUGAACACCUCUUCUGCACAGGUGAGGAGUUUGAUGAUGAUCUCUGA